AUGUUAUAUUUGCAGAUGAGCGGCGCACGGCCACGGUUCAAGCGAGGCACGGCACGGCACGGCCGGUGCCCUUGGAUCGCGAUACGGCCGGACGGGCUGGCCGUGGCGACAUGGAGGUCUGCAACCCGCACACGACACCCGCGUGUUUCAAACAGGUUGCCGGUGCCGCGCUUCUGCUGUGCUCCCGGCGCAGGCCAUGAGCUCACCGGCUUGCAUCCGGCCCUUGCCGCUCGUUGGCACUCGGCGGUGAUUCUCGAGGCCGACCAACCGGUGCUGUCGCAACUGACAUGUCAGCGGCAACAACAACUCGUCGACAUGAGGGGGCGUUGGCUGAUCCGCCGCCACUGCGUCAGCCGCUGA